UCGAUCCAACUUUUGAUCAAUCCUACUUUUUCGUUGCAUUCUAGCUGUUACUUACGGGUCGUACAGAGCACUUUGUCAUGAAAGGUGUUGCUAUGGAAUCAAGGAGACGAACUUCUUUGGUAAUUUCGUCAGUUCCUUCUCUCCACCGUCGCCGUCGUUCAGGGGCUGCAUUCCCCGCACUGUUGCUGCUUCUUCUCGCGGCGGUGCUCCGAACCACCACGGCAAAAGUCCGGGGGUUCCCUACGGAUGUCCAGAUUCGUCACCGUCGCCUAGCCAGAGACAAGCUUCCCGAUGGUGCCACGGAGAUGCCAACGACCAAGCCGACCAUGGCUCCGUUGGUCGCUCCUACUGUUAGUCCUGAAGAUGCCUCCACCAUUGUCAUUACAUCCUUUCCGACUCGCGCUCCCACCGAGCAGCCCGGAACGCGGGACGAAUCAACCCUAGCACCCACGGACGUCAUUUUGUCGCAGAUACGGCCUUUGCAGCCCUUUGCCGUGAAGGUAGUUAACAACACCGCACUGGACGAGGCUGUUUUGACGAAAUCUUUGGAAGAUUAUUUGGAAGCGAAUAUACCCAACGCGCAGUCGGUGAACCUGGUCCUCACCAUUCCCUCUCGUCGCCGCACCCGGAAUCUCCAAACCGCUGACGCGAUUGAAUUACAGUACACCGGAUUGGUCGCGCUGGAAGCGGACAACAACGGAGCGGGCGCACUCUAUCCAACGUCGGCGGAAUUGGUGGCGACGCAAACGCGAGUUUUGCAAGAUAUCGACGCCGUCAACGAGGCCGUCAACGCCGAUCAGCCCCAAGACGUUGUAAUUGCCGACGUCGUCGUCGAGGAACAGGCUGCCGUGGAGCCACCCGUCACCGACGAGCCCGAGUCAUCCAACGCCGCUGGAAUCGUCGGCGGUAUACUAGGGGCUCUUUUUGUCGUGGUACUCAUCUUUACCUGUUGGGUAUAUGGACGAGCCCGUAAGGAACACCAAAACAAGCAGAAUAAGCGUUCCCCACCGCCACCGCCCUCGCCACCGCCGCGAUCGUCACCACCGCGAUCGUCACGGUCGUCACCCCAGCGGGCAGCCUCCAUACCGGUCGACCUCGACGAGGAAUACGACCAUUCCGAGUAUUCCAACCAGGCGCUUUGCGAACAAGACAUAGAAGUAGCGUCCAAUAGGGAGUCCUACUACGAGGAAGAGCAAUCCGGCAGGGAAUUCUACUACGAUGAUGACAAAGAGGAAGUGGAAUCCGCCCAAGUUUUAUACAAAGACGAAUCCGAAAACGGAAUUCAAGAUAAAACUGAACCCGUGUCGCAGGAUGUUGAAGUGCAAAAGUUAGGAACGGCCUGGCUCGUGACUACCAAGAAGACGCUCACCGAUGACGAUGAAGCCCGGUCCGACUCGGAUGCCAGCAUGGACGGCUACUCAAUCUACGAUGCCGAAAAUUACGCCUCGCAAUCAACCCAACGCCACGUAUCGGCGGCAGCGAUAACGGAACGCCCUGUCAAGGCGGCAUCAGCCAGACGCCCCGCUUCAGCAUCGAGAGCGGGACGCACGCUGGUGGCGAGCGCCAGACCAGCCAGGGCGACUCGCUCCGUUUCUAAGGGUGACCGCGCGUCCGACAACGAAUCUGUCUUUACUUACGCCGACGUGGGUACCGACGACUCUAUCUAUACCUACGGCCAAGGAUUGAUACGGGGCCAACCAAAUAGCGUGCUCUCCGGGCAAACACUUGACUCCUACAACGGAGCCACCGAAGCGGGCGAAUCUUCCCUCACUGCCGGUUCUCCUCCCUACCAGAGACAGCCAGUUGCACCGAGAGCCUCCUCUGUACGGCAAAGAGCCGCCAAUAAUUACGGCGUCAAUUCCCCAAAUGUCGCCUCCAACAUGUCCAGCCCCCGUCAAGUCUCGCGUAUGACGCCGGUUACAGUCCAGAGAAGCGAUGCCACCGACGACAUGAGUCAGCCAUCAGACGAAGCCCAGGACGAGUUGGACCGCGAUUUGAACGGCUUUGCGAACGAGUUGGAGCGUGCCAAGCUCCGGGCCAGGGUAUCCGCGUCGACACUUACAUCCCCGCGGUCUCGUCGACCUUCGCCCAAUUUCGCCGACAACGAUCAAGAGCAACCUUCGGCCAUGUCAAGACAUGCGCGUCCCACACGAAGCUCCGUGCAGGAAUCGCGCAACCAGGUGUUCCGGUGA